GGGCGCGUUGCGUCACGUCCGGCGGCGCGCUGCGCUUCCGUCGCGUCUCGUUGGUUCCGACGGGAGGGUCACUUUGAGCGGAGUCGGUGGCGCCCGCCAUGGCAGAGGACAUCAAGGCCAAGCUGGAGCGCUACAAGACGGCGCCGUUCGACAGCCGCUUCCCCAACCAGAACCAGACCAGGAACUGUUGGCAAAACUACCUGGAUUUCCACCGCUGCGAGAAGGCGAUGGCGGCCAAAGGGGCGGAUGUCGCUCCCUGCCAGUGGUACCAGCGCGUCUACAAGUCGCUCUGUCCCACCGCCUGGGUGACAACGUGGGACGAGUACCGCGAGGAGGGGACCUUCCCCGGCAAGAUCUGAGCUUCACCCACCCCCCCCUGGGGUGGGGAGGGGACAUCCGUGUCCCCGUGGGGUGACAAUGCCACCCCCCCCACCCUGGCGAGGUGGGGAGGGGACACGGGUGUCACCUUGGGGGGGGGUGGGGGGUAGGGCGGGGCACACAGCCAAUAAAGGGUUGAACUGG